GAGUCCGGGACAGAACGCCCCUCCUGCCCCAGCUGGUCCUGCCCCUGCCGCCGGCCCCGGGACAGCCAGGAUACAACCCAGUGAGGAGCCAAAUAAUAAAGGUGAGGACGGUUGGUCCACACACGGCACUGCAAAAUGAAUGGCACUGUGAAAGCGGCAGUGAAUGGCGCGAGAAUUGAUGGAGAUGCUGCCAGCACAGUUAACGGCACUGAGGGAAAAAAGCCCCUGAAGGCAGAAAUGAAGAAGUCGCUAGGGGCCGCCACCAUGGAGGUCGCCGUGGGCCGCUUUAAGGGGCGGCGGGUCCCGGUGUGGGACGUCCUCUCCUCCAGCUACCUGGACGAGGCCGGGCGGCGGGACCUGCUGGAGCGGUUCCGCUCGGGGGCCCUGACCCUGGCGGCCCUGACGGCCGCCCUGACGGCCGCCGUGGAGGAGACGGAGCGGAAGGCCGGCAAGGUCUCCUUCCGGGGCCUCCGGCGCCAGGUGUCGGCCUCGCAGCUGUGCGACUCCAAGAUCAUCAGCGUGGAGACCCUGCGGGACCUGGCCGAGGGGACCAAGACCCUGAAGCAGGUCACGGAGAUGGACUCGGUCCGGCGGUACCUGGAGGGGACCAGCUGCAUCGCCGGGGUCCUGGUGCCCUCCCGGGCGGACCCGGCCAAGCGGGAGAAGAUGAGCAUCUACCAGGCCAUGUGGAAGGGCAUCCUGCGGCCCGGCACGGCCCUGGUGCUCCUGGAGGCCCAGGCGGCCACGGGCUUCGUCAUCGACCCGCUGGAGAACCGGCGGCUCUCCGUGGAGGAGGCCGUGGCCGCGGGCCUGGUGGGCGGGGAGCUCCGCGAGAAGCUGCUGUCGGCCGAGCGGGCCGUGACCGGCUACACGGACCCCUACACCGGCGAGCCCCUCUCCCUCUUCCAGGCCAUGAAGAAGGACCUGAUCGUCAAGGACCACGGCGUGCGGCUGCUGGAGGCCCAGAUCGCCACGGGCGGCGUGGUCGACCCCGUGCACAGCCACCGCGUCCCCGUGGAGGUGGCCUACCAGCGCGGCUACUUCGACGAGGAGAUGAGCCGGAUCCUGGCCGACCCGGCGGACGACACCAAGGGCUUCUUCGACCCCAACACCCACGAGAACCUCACCUACCUGCAGCUGCUGCGCCGCUGCGUGCGCGACCCGGACACCGGGCUCUCCAUGCUGCAGCUGGCCGCCCCGGGCUCCGCCGUCUUCCAGCUGGGCGAGCAGGCCCGCACGGCCCUGCAGGCCGCCCCGGCCGCCGGCAGCGCGGCCCUCUUCCAGGGCCAGGCCGUCUCCCUGUGGGAGCUCCUCUUCUCCAGCUACGUCAGCGAGGCCCGGCGGCAGGAGCUGCUCGGGGGCUACCAGGCGGGGACCCUGGGCCUGGAGGAGCUGGGCGCCGCCCUGGCCGCCCUGGCCGCCGAGGCCGCGGCCCGCCCCGGGGAGCGGGAGGGCCGGGCGGCCGAGCCCCCGGCCCGGCCCACGGCGCGGGAGGCCCUGGGGGCCGCCACCAUGGAGGUCAGGCGCGGGCCGCUCCGGGGCCCGGCGGUCAGCGUGUGGCGGGUCCUCAGCUCCGACUACCUGCGGGAGCCCGAGAGGCAGGAGCUCCUGGACGGGUUCGGCUCCGGCGCCCUGACCCUGCCGGCCCUGACCCGCCGGCUGGCCGACGUCGUCGAGGAGGCCGAGGAGGGGCGGGCCGGCCCGGGGCCCGACGCCGAGGCCGAGGCCGCCCCGCGGGCCGGCCCGGGACCCGACGCCGAGGCCGCCCUGCGGGCCGCCACCAUGGAGCUCGCCGUGGGCCGCUUUAAGGGGCGGCGGGUCCCGGUGUGGGACGUCCUCUCCUCCAGCUACCUGGACGAGGCCGGGCGGCGGGACCUGCUGGAGCGGUUCCGCUCGGGGGCCCUGACCCUGGCGGCCCUGACGGCCGCCCUGACGGCCGCCGUGGAGGAGACGGAGCGGAAGGCCGGCAAGGUCUCCUUCCGGGGCCUCCGGCGCCAGGUGUCGGCCUCGCAGCUGUGCGACUCCAAGAUCAUCAGCGUGGAGACCCUGCGGGACCUGGCCGAGGGGACCAAGACCCUGAAGCAGGUCACGGAGAUGGACUCGGUCCGGCGGUACCUGGAGGGGACCAGCUGCAUCGCCGGGGUCCUGGUGCCCUCCCGGGCGGACCCGGCCAAGCGGGAGAAGAUGAGCAUCUACCAGGCCAUGUGGAAGGGCAUCCUGCGGCCCGGCACGGCCCUGGUGCUCCUGGAGGCCCAGGCGGCCACGGGCUUCGUCAUCGACCCGCUGGAGAACCGGCGGCUCUCCGUGGAGGAGGCCGUGGCCGCGGGCCUGGUGGGCGGGGAGCUCCGCGAGAAGCUGCUGUCGGCCGAGCGGGCCGUGACCGGCUACACGGACCCCUACACCGGCGAGCCCCUCUCCCUCUUCCAGGCCAUGAAGAAGGACCUGAUCGUCAAGGACCACGGCGUGCGGCUGCUGGAGGCCCAGAUCGCCACGGGCGGCGUGGUCGACCCCGUGCACAGCCACCGCGUCCCCGUGGAGGUGGCCUACCAGCGCGGCUACUUCGACGAGGAGAUGAGCCGGAUCCUGGCCGACCCGGCGGACGACACCAAGGGCUUCUUCGACCCCAACACCCACGAGAACCUCACCUACCUGCAGCUGCUGCGCCGCUGCGUGCGCGACCCGGACACCGGGCUCUCCAUGCUGCAGCUGGCCGCCCCGGGCUCCGCCGUCUUCCAGCUGGGCGAGCAGGCCCGCACGGCCCUGCAGGCCGCCCCGGCCGCCGGCAGCGCGGCCCUCUUCCAGGGCCAGGCCGUCUCCCUGUGGGAGCUCCUCUUCUCCAGCUACGUCAGCGAGGCCCGGCGGCAGGAGCUGCUCGGGGGCUACCAGGCGGGGACCCUGGGCCUGGAGGAGCUGGGCGCCGCCCUGGCCGCCCUGGCCGCCGAGGCCGCGGCCCGCCCCGGGGAGCGGGAGGGCCGGGCGGCCGAGCCCCCGGCCCGGCCCACGGCGCGGGAGGCCCUGGGGGCCGCCACCAUGGAGGUCAGGCGCGGGCCGCUCCGGGGCCCGGCGGUCAGCGUGUGGCGGGUCCUCAGCUCCGACUACCUGCGGGAGCCCGAGAGGCAGGAGCUCCUGGACGGGUUCGGCUCCGGCGCCCUGACCCUGCCGGCCCUGACCCGCCGGCUGGCCGACGUCGUCGAGGAGGCCGAGGAGGGGCGGGCCGGCCCGGGGCCCGACGCCGAGGCCGAGGCCGCCCCGCGGGCCGGCCCGGGACCCGACGCCGAGGCCGCCCUGCGGGCCGCCACCAUGGAGCUCGCCGUGGGCCGCUUUAAGGUGCGGGGGGUCCCGGUGUGGGACGUCCUCUCCUCCAGCUACCUGGACGAGGCCGGGCGGCGGGACCUGCUGGAGCGGUUCCGCUCGGGGGCCCUGACCCUGGCGGCCCUGACGGCCGCCCUGACGGCCGCCGUGGAGGAGACGGAGCGGAAGGCCGGCAAGGUCUCCUUCCGGGGCCUCCGGCGCCAGGUGUCGGCCUCGCAGCUGUGCGACUCCAAGAUCAUCAGCGUGGAGACCCUGCGGGACCUGGCCGAGGGGACCAAGACCCUGAAGCAGGUCACGGAGAUGGACUCGGUCCGGCGGUACCUGGAGGGGACCAGCUGCAUCGCCGGGGUCCUGGUGCCCUCCCGGGCGGACCCGGCCAAGCGGGAGAAGAUGAGCAUCUACCAGGCCAUGUGGAAGGGCAUCCUGCGGCCCGGCACGGCCCUGGUGCUCCUGGAGGCCCAGGCGGCCACGGGCUUCGUCAUCGACCCGCUGGAGAACCGGCGGCUCUCCGUGGAGGAGGCCGUGGCCGCGGGCCUGGUGGGCGGGGAGCUCCGCGAGAAGCUGCUGUCGGCCGAGCGGGCCGUGACCGGCUACACGGACCCCUACACCGGCGAGCCCCUCUCCCUCUUCCAGGCCAUGAAGAAGGACCUGAUCGUCAAGGACCACGGCGUGCGGCUGCUGGAGGCCCAGAUCGCCACGGGCGGCGUGGUCGACCCCGUGCACAGCCACCGCGUCCCCGUGGAGGUGGCCUACCAGCGCGGCUACUUCGACGAGGAGAUGAGCCGGAUCCUGGCCGACCCGGCGGACGACACCAAGGGCUUCUUCGACCCCAACACCCACGAGAACCUCACCUACCUGCAGCUGCUGCGCCGCUGCGUGCGCGACCCGGACACCGGGCUCUCCAUGCUGCAGCUGGCCGCCCCGGGCUCCGCCGUCUUCCAGCUGGGCGAGCAGGCCCGCACGGCCCUGCAGGCCGCCCCGGCCGCCGGCAGCGCGGCCCUCUUCCAGGGCCAGGCCGUCUCCCUGUGGGAGCUCCUCUUCUCCAGCUACGUCAGCGAGGCCCGGCGGCAGGAGCUGCUCGGGGGCUACCAGGCGGGGACCCUGGGCCUGGAGGAGCUGGGCGCCGCCCUGGCCGCCCUGGCCGCCGAGGCCGCGGCCCGCCCCGGGGAGCGGGAGGGCCGGGCGGCCGAGCCCCCGGCCCGGCCCACGGCGCGGGAGGCCCUGGGGGCCGCCACCAUGGAGGUCAGGCGCGGGCCGCUCCGGGGCCCGGCGGUCAGCGUGUGGCGGGUCCUCAGCUCCGACUACCUGCGGGAGCCCGAGAGGCAGGAGCUCCUGGACGGGUUCGGCUCCGGCGCCCUGACCCUGCCGGCCCUGACCCGCCGGCUGGCCGACGUCGUCGAGGAGGCCGAGGAGGGGCGGGCCGGCCCGGGGCCCGACGCCGAGGCCGAGGCCGCCCCGCGGGCCGGCCCGGGACCCGACGCCGAGGCCGCCCUGCGGGCCGCCACCAUGGAGCUCGCCGUGGGCCGCUUUAAGGGGCGGCGGGUCCCGGUGUGGGACGUCCUCUCCUCCAGCUACCUGGACGAGGCCGGGCGGCGGGACCUGCUGGAGCGGUUCCGCUCGGGGGCCCUGACCCUGGCGGCCCUGACGGCCGCCCUGACGGCCGCCGUGGAGGAGACGGAGCGGAAGGCCGGCAAGGUCUCCUUCCGGGGCCUCCGGCGCCAGGUGUCGGCCUCGCAGCUGUGCGACUCCAAGAUCAUCAGCGUGGAGACCCUGCGGGACCUGGCCGAGGGGACCAAGACCCUGAAGCAGGUCACGGAGAUGGACUCGGUCCGGCGGUACCUGGAGGGGACCAGCUGCAUCGCCGGGGUCCUGGUGCCCUCCCGGGCGGACCCGGCCAAGCGGGAGAAGAUGAGCAUCUACCAGGCCAUGUGGAAGGGCAUCCUGCGGCCCGGCACGGCCCUGGUGCUCCUGGAGGCCCAGGCGGCCACGGGCUUCGUCAUCGACCCGCUGGAGAACCGGCGGCUCUCCGUGGAGGAGGCCGUGGCCGCGGGCCUGGUGGGCGGGGAGCUCCGCGAGAAGCUGCUGUCGGCCGAGCGGGCCGUGACCGGCUACACGGACCCCUACACCGGCGAGCCCCUCUCCCUCUUCCAGGCCAUGAAGAAGGACCUGAUCGUCAAGGACCACGGCGUGCGGCUGCUGGAGGCCCAGAUCGCCACGGGCGGCGUGGUCGACCCCGUGCACAGCCACCGCGUCCCCGUGGAGGUGGCCUACCAGCGCGGCUACUUCGACGAGGAGAUGAGCCGGAUCCUGGCCGACCCGGCGGACGACACCAAGGGCUUCUUCGACCCCAACACCCACGAGAACCUCACCUACCUGCAGCUGCUGCGCCGCUGCGUGCGCGACCCGGACACCGGGCUCUCCAUGCUGCAGCUGGCCGCCCCGGGCUCCGCCGUCUUCCAGCUGGGCGAGCAGGCCCGCACGGCCCUGCAGGCCGCCCCGGCCGCCGGCAGCGCGGCCCUCUUCCAGGGCCAGGCCGUCUCCCUGUGGGAGCUCCUCUUCUCCAGCUACGUCAGCGAGGCCCGGCGGCAGGAGCUGCUCGGGGGCUACCAGGCGGGGACCCUGGGCCUGGAGGAGCUGGGCGCCGCCCUGGCCGCCCUGGCCGCCGAGGCCGCGGCCCGCCCCGGGGAGCGGGAGGGCCGGGCGGCCGAGCCCCCGGCCCGGCCCACGGCGCGGGAGGCCCUGGGGGCCGCCACCAUGGAGGUCAGGCGCGGGCCGCUCCGGGGCCCGGCGGUCAGCGUGUGGCGGGUCCUCAGCUCCGACUACCUGCGGGAGCCCGAGAGGCAGGAGCUCCUGGACGGGUUCGGCUCCGGCGCCCUGACCCUGCCGGCCCUGACCCGCCGGCUGGCCGACGUCGUCGAGGAGGCCGAGGAGGGGCGGGCCGGCCCGGGGCCCGACGCCGAGGCCGAGGCCGCCCCGCGGGCCGGCCCGGGACCCGACGCCGAGGCCGCCCUGCGGGCCGCCACCAUGGAGCUCGCCGUGGGCCGCUUUAAGGGGCGGCGGGUCCCGGUGUGGGACGUCCUCUCCUCCAGCUACCUGGACGAGGCCGGGCGGCGGGACCUGCUGGAGCGGUUCCGCUCGGGGGCCCUGACCCUGGCGGCCCUGACGGCCGCCCUGACGGCCGCCGUGGAGGAGACGGAGCGGAAGGCCGGCAAGGUCUCCUUCCGGGGCCUCCGGCGCCAGGUGUCGGCCUCGCAGCUGUGCGACUCCAAGAUCAUCAGCGUGGAGACCCUGCGGGACCUGGCCGAGGGGACCAAGACCCUGAAGCAGGUCACGGAGAUGGACUCGGUCCGGCGGUACCUGGAGGGGACCAGCUGCAUCGCCGGGGUCCUGGUGCCCUCCCGGGCGGACCCGGCCAAGCGGGAGAAGAUGAGCAUCUACCAGGCCAUGUGGAAGGGCAUCCUGCGGCCCGGCACGGCCCUGGUGCUCCUGGAGGCCCAGGCGGCCACGGGCUUCGUCAUCGACCCGCUGGAGAACCGGCGGCUCUCCGUGGAGGAGGCCGUGGCCGCGGGCCUGGUGGGCGGGGAGCUCCGCGAGAAGCUGCUGUCGGCCGAGCGGGCCGUGACCGGCUACACGGACCCCUACACCGGCGAGCCCCUCUCCCUCUUCCAGGCCAUGAAGAAGGACCUGAUCGUCAAGGACCACGGCGUGCGGCUGCUGGAGGCCCAGAUCGCCACGGGCGGCGUGGUCGACCCCGUGCACAGCCACCGCGUCCCCGUGGAGGUGGCCUACCAGCGCGGCUACUUCGACGAGGAGAUGAGCCGGAUCCUGGCCGACCCGGCGGACGACACCAAGGGCUUCUUCGACCCCAACACCCACGAGAACCUCACCUACCUGCAGCUGCUGCGCCGCUGCGUGCGCGACCCGGACACCGGGCUCUCCAUGCUGCAGCUGGCCGCCCCGGGCUCCGCCGUCUUCCAGCUGGGCGAGCAGGCCCGCACGGCCCUGCAGGCCGCCCCGGCCGCCGGCAGCGCGGCCCUCUUCCAGGGCCAGGCCGUCUCCCUGUGGGAGCUCCUCUUCUCCAGCUACGUCAGCGAGGCCCGGCGGCAGGAGCUGCUCGGGGGCUACCAGGCGGGGACCCUGGGCCUGGAGGAGCUGGGCGCCGCCCUGGCCGCCCUGGCCGCCGAGGCCGCGGCCCGCCCCGGGGAGCGGGAGGGCCGGGCGGCCGAGCCCCCGGCCCGGCCCACGGCGCGGGAGGCCCUGGGGGCCGCCACCAUGGAGGUCAGGCGCGGGCCGCUCCGGGGCCCGGCGGUCAGCGUGUGGCGGGUCCUCAGCUCCGACUACCUGCGGGAGCCCGAGAGGCAGGAGCUCCUGGACGGGUUCGGCUCCGGCGCCCUGACCCUGCCGGCCCUGACCCGCCGGCUGGCCGACGUCGUCGAGGAGGCCGAGGAGGGGCGGGCCGGCCCGGGGCCCGACGCCGAGGCCGAGGCCGCCCCGCGGGCCGGCCCGGGACCCGACGCCGAGGCCGCCCUGCGGGCCGCCACCAUGGAGCUCGCCGUGGGCCGCUUUAAGGGGCGGCGGGUCCCGGUGUGGGACGUCCUCUCCUCCAGCUACCUGGACGAGGCCGGGCGGCGGGACCUGCUGGAGCGGUUCCGCUCGGGGGCCCUGACCCUGGCGGCCCUGACGGCCGCCCUGACGGCCGCCGUGGAGGAGACGGAGCGGAAGGCCGGCAAGGUCUCCUUCCGGGGCCUCCGGCGCCAGGUGUCGGCCUCGCAGCUGUGCGACUCCAAGAUCAUCAGCGUGGAGACCCUGCGGGACCUGGCCGAGGGGACCAAGACCCUGAAGCAGGUCACGGAGAUGGACUCGGUCCGGCGGUACCUGGAGGGGACCAGCUGCAUCGCCGGGGUCCUGGUGCCCUCCCGGGCGGACCCGGCCAAGCGGGAGAAGAUGAGCAUCUACCAGGCCAUGUGGAAGGGCAUCCUGCGGCCCGGCACGGCCCUGGUGCUCCUGGAGGCCCAGGCGGCCACGGGCUUCGUCAUCGACCCGCUGGAGAACCGGCGGCUCUCCGUGGAGGAGGCCGUGGCCGCGGGCCUGGUGGGCGGGGAGCUCCGCGAGAAGCUGCUGUCGGCCGAGCGGGCCGUGACCGGCUACACGGACCCCUACACCGGCGAGCCCCUCUCCCUCUUCCAGGCCAUGAAGAAGGACCUGAUCGUCAAGGACCACGGCGUGCGGCUGCUGGAGGCCCAGAUCGCCACGGGCGGCGUGGUCGACCCCGUGCACAGCCACCGCGUCCCCGUGGAGGUGGCCUACCAGCGCGGCUACUUCGACGAGGAGAUGAGCCGGAUCCUGGCCGACCCGGCGGACGACACCAAGGGCUUCUUCGACCCCAACACCCACGAGAACCUCACCUACCUGCAGCUGCUGCGCCGCUGCCUCCCUGACCCGGGCACCGGCCUUCUCUUUCUGUCCCUCGAGUGAGUGGGUGCGCCCCGCAGGGAAUCACAGCUGUGUGUCCCCUUCCUCACUUUCAUUUUUCAAUACCCAAUCACUUUUUUUCCAUUUUUC